UUACUAGUAACCAUACGUUUUUGUACACAUUGUACAAAUUCAUAUGAAAUCGCCACCUCAUAAGUUACCAGUUACGUUUUCCUUGACCAGUUUGGACAGCACUGACUGCAAAGCAACAGUAACUAAGGGCGGGUCUUUGCGAAGAGACAAUUGGGUCUUUUAAGUUGCAUGAGCUGAAUUAUGCAUUAAAAUCUGGAAGUGUGUGUACAUACAGUCCUGUACAAGAAUGAUGAACCGCACUGGAAUGAUCUGCAUUUUCUUGGCUUUUUCAGUGGAACUUAAGGCCAGUUCACAGGCUGUGAAAGAAGGGCUCAUCUGUGUGACAGAUUACUGCAAAACUGUCAGCUGCUCUUUAAAGCUACCAGUCACAUCCACUAGAAACAUUUCGCACUGGCUGGAAUUUCAAUGGAACAAUGAAAUUCCAGAUGAAUAUGGCAUCAAACACGGGCCGUAUAGAUGCCCACUCCAGAGAGCACGUGAAGAUCACACCUGCACUUUCACUGUAAAUGGAACAAUGACUGAUUUUGAUAUAGUUGCUGUGAUUCUUCAUUAUUUGGAAAACGGCAAUAAGAAUUCGUCUCUGUUGAACGAUCGUUGGGUGCCAGCAGAAAACAUUAAGCCAAAAACCCCAUUUAAUCUGACAUUACACUAUACAAAUGGGAUGUAUAAUUUCUCUUGGACUUAUGGAUAUGAAGAUGAACAUGGAAGUUAUGGAAGUAAUCUACCCAUCAAGUACAACUUCCUUUACUACAAAGAUGGAGAUAAAGAGAGCGAGGUCAUUGUUCAUCCAGACAAUAAAAUGAUUCAGAUCGAUGAAAUGAAUCUUGAUCCGGUCACUACAUACACUGCUGUGGUGAGGUCUGGGAUAUAUGAAAAUACGAAUAUGAAUUACAGAGGAACGUGGAGCGAGUGGAGCAGCGCAGUAAAAUGGAAAACGACAUACAGAGAUGAAUACCGUGGAUGAGCCCAAUCAAGUUGGCAAGAUUGUCAUUGGAACGUUUUUAACGGUUGGACUUUUAAUUGUGCUCAUAUUUGUUCCUGCUGCAAGGUAAUUGUUUAUCAUACACCUGCUAUUGCCAUAUAUUUUUACUGCAAAAUGAUGCACCAACACCAACAGGUGACAAAGUUAACUGUUAUAUUAUAUAUAUAAAUUGUGAUAUUUAUGCAUUACAGAUUGUUACAUCUGAUGUCUUUUUAGAAGUAUUUACAUGUUGUUUUUGAGUGUGUCUGUGCAGGAGAAGGUGUGGCCUGCACUCAAGCCAGCAGAGAUCCUGUUUGGGCGAUUCCCGUUGUUGAUAAGGAACGCCCCAAACGCAUUAUCGAGCCCGACUUUGUGCCAUUUGUUUUGCUCUCUUCUUUGAUUGUGUGUGAUUUGUAAAACUUGCUGUUGUUCAGUUCAAUGUACAAUUCUCAGUUUUGUAAAACUUGCUUUUGUCUUCAGUUAUUGUGUAAAUAUUAUUUGUAAAUAGUUUAAGGGAAGUAGGGAAUGCAACGCCAUUUCUUUUGCAUAUAUCGUUUAUUCUAUGUUUUGGGUUAAGGGAGCUAGGGAAGUUGCGUUGUAUUUUUCUUUUAAUGUGUGUGUGGUUUUUUAGGGAAUUUAGAGGGUACUAAAAUUAGUUAUUUUUGUUUGUUAUUUUGGCCUGGUUCACUCCUGAAUUUAAUCCCUUUGUUUAUGGUUUCCACUAUAUUUUGUUAAUAAAUUUACCUUUUGUUGAAAAUGUA